CACUCUCAUUGCUAGCCUCUCUCAUAGACUCUCUAGUCUCUUGACUUUCCCCAGCAGUGCCCUCGAUUUCUCUCUUUCUGGAGUCUUGCCGACGCCGUCUCAUCUCAUUUCUCUCUCUUGGUCUUGCCGACGCCGUCUCCUGUCCUCCUCUCUUGAUCUCGCCGGUUGUGGCCUCGCCUUUGUUGGUUAGCCGUCGAUCAGCCCACUAUUAGCCAGAGAAGACAAACAAAGAGAAAGAGAACAAAAAUGGCGGAAGCUGUCAUCGUCAGCAUUGCUGGAGAGAUCAUUGCUAAUCUGGUUACUCAAUCACUAGAUAAGGUUGGAAAGUUAUGGGGCGUCAAGCAUGAACUCGAGGUGCUCGAGGACACUGUCUCCACGCUUCGGGCCGUAUUGGACGAUGCAGAGGAGCAAUCCCACCAAAGUCACCAAAUCCGAGAUUGGCUUGAGAAAUUGAAAGAAACAUUCUAUGAUGCGCAAGAUGUGCUUGAAGAAUUCAAUAUAGAAGCUACACGACGAGAAUUGAGGGGCCACAACACAAUGAUCAAGGAGGUAAAGGCAUUUUUCUCAAGUUCAAACCAGCUUGCUUUUAAACUGAAGAUGAGUUACAAAAUAAGAGCAGUGAGGGAGAGAAUAGAAGCCGCCUUUAAUCAAGGUAGGAGAUUCCAGUUGGCCCAGCGCCCCGUGGAUUUGCGAGUAGAGAGAGAGUCGCGGAAGAGAGAGACACAUUCGUUUAUACGCAAGGGAGAUAUUAGAGGGAGAGAUGAUGAUAAGAAGACGAUCAUAGAAUUCUUAUUGGAUUCAAACGUGAAUGAGAAUGUUUCCAUCCUUCCGAUAGUUGGCAUUGGUGGGCUUGGAAAAACGGCACUUGCACAAUGUGUGUAUAAUGAUGAGAUGAUUAGUAAACAUUUUAAGUUGAAAAUGUGGGUUUGUGUCUCUGAUGACUUUGACAUCACAAAAAUAGUGAAAAAUAUGAUAGCUUGUGCAAAGAAGAAAGAACCAACCGAGGUUGCGAUGGAACGGUUGCAAAGUGAACUGAGGGGAGAGAUUGAUGGGAAGAGAUACCUCUUAGUUUUAGAUGAUUUGUGGAAUGUUGACAGAGAAACAUGGCUGAGCUUGAAAACUUUAUUGUUGGGAGGUGCUAGAGGAAGCAAGAUCCUUAUAACUACACGCCUUCCUUUGGUUGCAAAGAUCACCGGCACUGCUCUGUCUCAUCGUCUCGAGGGCUUAGAUGAAAGUGCAUCUCUUGAAUUACUAAUGCAAAUGGCUUGUUGUAGAGAAGAAGAGAUACGAGAUCCUGACAUGCUAGCUAUUGGUAAAGAUAUAGUUAGAAAGUGCUCCGGGGUUCCACUGGCUGUUCGAACUAUUGGGAGUUUACUCUUUACGAAAAGUAAGCACGAAUGGUCGCAAUUCAAAGAAAGAAAGCUCCCAGAUGUGUGUCAAAGGGAAGACGGCAUAAUAUCAAUUCUUAAGCUUAGUUAUGACCAUCUUCCUUCAUAUUUGAAACAAUGUUUCACGUUUUGUUCAUUAUUUCCCAAAGAUUAUGAGAUAAAGAAGCAGACUUUGGUCGAUCUUUGGAUGGCAGAAGGAUUUAUCCAGCAAUCAAAUAGAAGUCAGCAUUUAGAAGACAUUGCUUGUGAAUAUUUCGAGGAUCUACUAUGGAGUAACUUCUUUCAAGAUUAUCGGGAAGAUGAGGAGACUUGCAAGAUGCAUGAUUUGAUGCAUGAUCUAGCCUGCUCAGUUGCACGGACCGAGUGUUGGGUGGCAUGGGAUAACACAAAAUUCAUACACGAAAGAACUCGUCAUUUAUCUCAUCGUUUAAAUUCCAAUUUGAAGGGUGAACUUCCAAUCUCACGCUUGAAAGCAAGUCCCCUGAGAACAUUUCUGCGUGUCGCUAGAUAUGGGGAAAUUGGAUCAAGAGGACCAACAAGUGAAGUAGAUUUGUGCCAACUCAUUCAAAGUUUCAAGAGGUUGUGCGUCUUGGAUCUGCAUACAUAUUUAGAGAAGGUGCCAAGGUCCAUUUGUAAGUUGAAGUAUCUCACAUAUCUUGAUCUCUCUAGUAAUCGUAAACUAAAAAGGCUUCCUAACUCCAUUACGAAAUUGCAGAGUUUGCAAACACUUAAUCUCAACGGUUGUCAUGCCCUUGAAGAAUUGCCGAAGGGUAUAAGGAACUUAAUCAGCCUUCGAAAUCUAUACAUAGAUGAUUGUGAGGAACUUAGUUAUGUGCCACGCGGACUAGGGCAAUUGAGUUCUCUGCAUAGGCUAACACGCUUCAUUUUGCCCAAAGAUAAAGCUCUUGCUAAGGAUUGUUGCGAACUUGGGGAGCUAAAUGGGCUUAAUGACAUCCGGGGAAGCCUUAGCAUUGAGAAUUUGGGAGGCGUGACAGAUGCAGUAGCAGAAUCCAAGGCUGCGAACUUGAUAGGAAAGCAUUCUCUGGAAUUUUUGAAACUUGAAUGGGGCGAUUUUGAUAUUGAUGAUGCAGUAAUUGGGAAUAGAGAUGAAGCGCUAUUAGAUGGACUGAGGCCGCACUCAAUUCUGCAGAAGUUGACGAUCUAUGGAUAUAAAGGUGAGAGCUUUCCAAAGUGGAUGAUGGACAAUCUUGUGUCUUCCUUGCCAAAUUUAGUUGAGGUAUGCUUCUACAAUUGUGGAAGAUGUAAACAUCUCCCUCCAGUGGGCCAACUACUUCACCUUAAGACUUUAGAGUUUUUGGAGCUGACUAAAUUGGAAUACAUCGAGUCGGACCAUUCAUCCACUUCAGGGGCAUCAUUUCCUAGUCUAUUGAAAUUAGAUAUCGAUAGUUGUGAAAAAUUGAAAGCUGUCCCACCAACUCCGCAUCUUGAGGAGUUAACGCUGACUAGUGCCCACCCAGCGUUGAUAAAUAUGAUAAAUGGCCUUAAUAAGUUGAAGCAUCUGGAAAUCUCGGAGAUGGAGUUUUUAGAAUGUGUGCCCGAGAAGUGCUGGAAAAGUCUCACCUCCCUUGAAAAGCUUUACGUAACGAUGUGUCCUCGGUUAACUUCCCUCUCAUCAACACCCCCACCACCACUGGGUACGCGACAUCAAUCCAACCUGGUGGAUCUCGAUUCUUCGGAUUCUGAGGAGCUGCAUUUAUCCAAAUCCGACCAAAGCAGCGGCGGCAACAACAACAACCUCAUCUUGGAUUUCCAUGGAGGACUCCAUCAGAGUCUUCGGUCCCUGUGGAUCCGCGGCCUUCCCAAACUAGCAUCUCUCCCACAGUGGCUUCUACAGGCCAGCAAUCUCGAGUAUCUAUUUAUCGCUUUUUGUGCUGAGCUGGAUAUAUGCAAAGACGAGAGCGGCAACAUCAUCUUGGAUUUCCAUGGAGGACUUCAAAGUCUCCGGUUCGUGAAUCUCCUUAGUCUUCCAAAACUAGCAUCUCUCCCACAAUGGCUUCUACAUGCCAGCAAUCUCGAGCAUCUAUAUAUCGAUAGUUGUGAUGAGCUGGAUAUAUGCAAAGACGAGAGCGGCAACCUCAUCUUGGAUUUCCAUGGAGGACUUCAUCACAGUCUCCGCUCCGUGAUAAUCCAUGGACUUCCAAAACUAGCAUCUCUCCCGCAGUGGCUUCUACAGGCCCGCAAUCUCGAGCGUCUCCUAAUUGAGGAUUGCUCCAAUUUGAAGGAAAUACCAGAGCAGAUCGAGGCCCUUCAAUCACUUCGAGAGCUCCGAAUCUGGUCUUGCCCCUUGCUGACGUCAUUACCCGAAGGAAUGCGAAGGCUCGCAUCCCUUACUUAGCUGGGCAUCUACGGUUGCCCAGAAUUGGAGAGGAGGUGCAA